AUGGCUAAACGCACCAAGAAGGUUGGGAUCGUCGGGAAAUAUGGGAGCCCUUAUGGCGCCUCCCUCAAGAAAAUGGUGAAGAAAACUGAAAUCAGCGAACAUGCCACGUACACUUGUUCCUUCUGUGGCAAAACCAAAAUGAAGAGACGAGCUGUGGGGAUCUGGCACUGUGGUUCCUGCAUGAAAACAGUAGCCGGUGGCACCUGGACCUACACCACCACCUCUGCAGUCACAGUAAAGUCCAUCAGAAGACUGAAGGAAUUGGAAGACCAGUAGAAGCUCCACCAUUUUGAAAUAUCUCUAGCCU